GUAGCAGGUGGUGGGCUUGCACAUGCUAAAACUAACUUUAGUAGCAACUUGAUAUAUAAAACGAGCUUUUGAUUUUGAAACGAUCUGGACCGCGCAAUGAUGAAGUAAACAGCUGCUAGGGAAGUCAUCAACGCCAUGUCAUCGCAGCCGCCUCUGUCGCUGCCUGCGCCGACUGCGCCGUCAGCCGCUGGCAACGUCAACGUCAAUGGCAACCAUCAGUUGCUGCGUCCCCAAACCCUUGCCGCUCCGGACCGAGAACCCGUCGAGUUUAAUAUUAAUCUAGUUGGCGCACCGCCCGAAGUGGAGCAACUUGUGGAGCAGAUUAAAUGCGUAGCGGAGCAGUUUCUAUAUCAUUGGAAGAGUUUUCCCAUCGUUCUGCCCCAGCCUUUGGCCAGUGGUAGCCUCAAUGUAACGGCCCACAAUGCAACGAACAGCGUUAGCGGCCGCAAAAAGCGUCCCAUUAAUCAGAGUGACCUAUUUAUAGCGCCGCCCUUUGAUGAAUUGGACGCGGUUGCUUCUGAUGGUAGCGGCGAACCGCGUCGCCUCACAAAUGCACAAUUGAAAAGUUUACGCGAAACUGGCUUGCAAAAGGAUAAAUAUGGAAAGCCGAAGAAAUUAACUUUGGAACAAUUGGAAACAAUACGUAAAAAUGGUGAAUUCGAUGUGCCGAGCUUGCAUUUCUCUGGUCAGGUGCACAAAUGGCGAUUGUCGCAGUUGCUGCAGAAGGGCACUUUACGCGCCCACGACUCCUUCCUCGGGGAUCUGGCUUUGGCAGCCCGCUUUGUGGUCGUCACGGCACGAGCUCGCAUCUUCUCGCACUUCUUUUCAGUGGUGCAUGCGGCGCAUGCGUUGCUCGAUGCACUCAUCAGGUUGGCGGACAUGUUCAUCGGUGUACCGGCUUUGUUGGCCCACAAUCUGGACUACAAGAUUAAGGAGGAACGUUGUCGCUUUCUAAUUGCCGAGUUGGUGUGUCGUCCGGAGUUUGAGGAUUGUCUGGAUGGCCUCUGCUCCUAUGUGCGGAAAAUGCUUCGUCGCGCUACCAUGGAGAAGUUUGAUUUCAAUAGCUGCGAGGUAACACAGCCGGUGCCAUAUCUAUUUCUGACUCCAAAGGGUCAGGAGAUUGAUUUGCGUCUGUUUUGUCGCGAUAUCAUGCGAAAAGCAUUGCCUGUGCUGGUGGGCAUAUUGGAGCGGGAGACGCGAGGCUGGUUUCUGCAUUUCCGGGAGCGUCUCAUUGCAGAGCUGCGCGCUAAGAAGCUGAACGAUAAGGAAAUCGAGGAAGAAGUCAACGAGGCGGUCAUGAAGGAAUACUUACAGCGUGUUUAUACCUCCAUCAUGUCCAAUGCAAAGCUGGCCGAACUGGGCAACGGAAUACCUCAACUACUGGUGGAGCAGGCCCAGUCUGUGGUGAUCAUGUACAAGGCUGUCGACAAGGUGCAGCAGGAUAUUAAACGUAACCGUGAGGAUCACCAAAAGUGCUUGGCUAACGAUCACUCCGUGCUGUCUCGUGUGGCGCCUUGGCUACGCUCGAAACUUCGCCAUGCCGAGCAGCACAAGUUGUACAAGUGCGCCUGGUCAGCACAUGAGGAGGCACUUAAGCUGUGCAGUCAGCACAAUUUGCAUCAGACCGCCUACUUUCUGUCACGCGAUCUGGCCUUCAUGAAGGAGCGCGAGCCUGUGCUGCUCAAGGAGCUGAAGAACGCCAAGACGCCCACGCGCAGCUUCCAAUGGGCGUGUCGCAUUUGGUCGCCACAGGCAUGGAUCAUACGACGAAAUUUCCAAGGGCAAUCGGAUGUUAUCCCAACAGUGAUAAGUCAGCAGGCCACAUCAAUAGUCACUCCUCGCUCGGAUCCCAGCCAGCCUGUAUUUCUGGUCGAAAAGGAAAUGAUACGCACCACGAGCACGCGUUGGCCCUUUUGGCGUCUGUUGAAUCUUCUACAGCGCACCUGGUGCUGGACCUGGAACAUGAUGUUCCUGCUCGGCAUUUUGGUGCCCUGGUGCAGUCCACUUGGAUUGCGCGCCCUCUUCUGCAUCAAACCCUUUAUGCCCGACCUGGAAUUAUCUCAAAUCAAUGGCACCCUGUUUCCCCGAAAGACAAGUAUAACCCAGACAUUGGCCUCGCGUCUUAUUGAGCUCUGGCGACACAUAUCAAAAUCACGUACUCACUUCGAAACGGAACCGGACACAGGAUUCAUUGGCAAGGGCUUGACACGCAAUUUGAAUCGCACAUGGAACUACUUUGUCAAGGGAUUUCUUGGAACGAUUGUCAUCCUGUUUGCAUUCCCACUGAUAUGUCUAGCGACCAGUUGCCUCAGCAUUGGACUGGCAUUGAGUGCUCCCCUUUGGAUACCAGUGUUUGUUCUUCUGCUGCACAUCUUUAUGAUACUUGUCUAUGAUCUGGAUGCACCGGACAACACACGAAAUCGUUAUUGUAUUCUGUUGGAGGCACUCAUAUGGAACUUUCUUAUACAGGGCCUGCUGCAGCCACUAGCAGCAAUUUUAGUUGCCACGCUGCUUUGUCCGCUGGCAGCAGGCGUUGUUCUGAUAGUUGGCGUAGUGCGGUAUACGUUCCGCUUGCUCUGGGAUUCGCUAGCGUUUCAUUUGUUCAUCAAGAAAUGCGGACGUGUUCCAGCCUCGGAUAGCAUUGCCGUUAAACGGAUUGCCGGACCCGGUUUAGCACUCGAUUAUUAUUUCAUUAUACGUCCAGAGCAGGCUUUGGCAGCACUAGAGGCUAAAAUGGAGUUGGACGAGUUGCAGGCUUAUCAACAUGCUACCGAACGUGUUGUUUUACAGCCACAACAAGAUUUUCUGCAGUUUGUAGAAGCCUGUUUUGGACCCUUCUCGGCGCAGCUUUCUAAAACGGGUCCCUACUUGGCGCUAGAUCGCGAGGCACAGGAUUUGAUGAGCACCCUGCACGAAAAGCUGGAGAAGCGACGUAGGGAGCUACAAACGACGCUAACUACGCAGGUCAAGUCGCGUAUUAAGCUAAAUACCAAAGAAUUAAAGAUUGCUAUACAACUGGCCGCCCAUUUACUCGAGAAAUAUUAUCCGUCUCAUGUCAUCGGUAGAUUGUCCAUAAGCGAAGAAGAAUUUUGGGAUAAUAAGGGUCUCUCGGUUAAUGAUUGGCCGGGUUUGGCCGGACUCAUCUACACCGAGAUAUUUAGUUUAGAUUUUCUAACGCCAUUGACUGAAAACGAUACGCAUUUUAAACUAGAACCACAUGCCUCGCUUGAUCUAAUACGCUACACGGAGAUGGUAAAGAAUGCCAACGAUGUGAUCGGUUCCAAGGGCCUCGAUUUGUUGGGCAAUGUGUAUGCGCCGCGUGGCAAUGUCCAGGUGCAUUUACCAUUUCUUGAAGUGACCGCCUUCAAUCCGCGCUCACGCAUCACGUUAACAUUUCGCAAGCCCGAGAAGCGUGACAUGUCUGUGGGCUUAACGACGCCACGAGUGCGGGCUCAUCGAGCACAGCAUGUGCCGAAGGCGGGACAGGAUGCCCAGAAGCCCUGGCGUCCAUGGAAACAAAAGUGCAGCGACCGUAGCGUUACAGAGAAGUUGCUGAUACCGUUGCCAGUUCCACAUCCCGUGCACAUUGCCAUUGCCAUAUACAAUCGCGAUACGGAGCAACCCAUACCGUUGGACUCCGAGUUGGUCUGGGAGAUACUCAAGUCAAUCGAGGACUGCCAGGGCGGCGAUGCAAUGGCUGUGCAUUCAGUGGCGCGUUACCAUGGAGCGGUAAUUGAGUCGAGCAAUGAUUCUCUGGCCAGCAGCAGCAGCAUUGGCAGCACGCGAGACUCAGGAUCUGGUUCAGUGUCUGGCUCGGGUGUGGGCAACGGCACUGAAACUUUACCCUGUGGCAAUCGUGAGGUUUGCACGCAGGUCAAAGUUGAUGCAGAGCCUGCUCCCAGUGCCUCCGGCUUUCACUGGACGCUCAGCAACUGGGGAGCCGCACAGACGGCGCGUCGACGCACCAACUCCAACGUUCGUGUCGACUUGGCCAGCCCGGAGGAUAUAUCGCUGGACACGGAUAGCUCGCGUGCUGUAUUCAACAAUGCUUACGGCACCACAGUCUAACCGAUUCACGCUGGUUUGGGCACACAUCAGUAUAUAUACAGAUAUAUAUAUAAAUUUAUAUAAAGAUACAAAAUACGAGUAUGUAUAAAUGCGCUCGCCUUCAUUGCUGCAUUUCUUCAAACAACAACAUUCAAUUUAUUCGCAUUAACCAGAUAGGCUUUUGUAUAUGACACGCAUAGCAAGUGACAUUUCGCGAAUUAUAGCUUUAUUUAAUUCAACUCGAUCGAUUUGGCAAUGUAGGGCAGCCCUUGUUGGAGAUGCAGCCAAUCUCCCCCAGUGUGUGGAGGAGAUAGCCUCUAAAUGGCUUAAGAGCAGGCAUGCUAGUUAAAAUCAAGUAUGGAACAGAUUAUUCAUAUACAUAUAUCUACAUAUAUAUAUUUACAUGCAUAUGCGUAUAUGAUAUACAUACAUUAAUGAGUUGUUAGCAUACAAACUUAUACAUACAUAUAUAUAUAUAUAUAUAUACACACACACAAAUCUAAAAAUCAAACCAACUUAAUUCUAGUCGCAAGCAAAUUUUAUGCAGCAAUUUUACUCGAAUUCUUCUAAUGCAUCUAAUUAGUAAUUACUAAAAGCUAUAGCUUACCGCUCGAACGUCUUCAACAAGAAAGCAUUUUAAAACAGUUAUAGUUCUUAUUUCGAUUUGAGCAUUAACAAAUCAAUUCAAAAUGCGCUGUGGCUCGUCAUCAGCUAAUUCCAUCGGCAUUUCAAUCACAAUCUUUUAUGUCUUUCUGAAAAUGCUUUAUGAUGUUUUAUAAUAUGAAAAUAGUUUUUUAAGCUUUGGGAACUAGCAAUCAAUUUAUUUGAAAUUCAUUAAUUUUUAAAUCUUUUACAGGUUGUUAACUUAUUUAACAAAUAGAUUAAUGGUUUCAAGGAUAGGUUGAUUGAUAUAUUGAGUUCAGCAAUGGUGAGAAUUUCAACUCUCAUACGGUAGAUAGAUAUUUCAUCAAAUCAGCGAUUAAUAAAGAUCAUCUUCAUUAUACAACAGAAGGUUUAAAUUUAUUGUGUUCCUAUAUACAAUCAAAUUUAUAAAUUGAAAGUGUAUUUUCAAUUAGCAAACUCAAAAAGUUAGUGCUCCUUUGGAAGAAUGUUGAUUUUUAAACACCAAAUUCAGACAGACAACUGAUCAUUUAUAAUUAUAUUGAUUGACGAUAAAAAUCUGAUAUAAAUGAAGGUAUAUUUAUAAAGCAAAAACUAUUAACAAUAGAAGACUUAAUUGCAGCAUAUGAGUUAAAUUAAUUAAAACCAUUUUCAGAAUGACUCUGUUGAAUAUUUCAAAUCAAAAGAGAUACAGAAUUUUUACCGAUGGAAACAUAAUUCUGGCACCACUGUGCAAUGGCCAUGAGAUUUUCUUUGUACCUAACAAAUACAAGGACCUAAUUUUAACAAAGCAUAAGUAUCAAUAAAUUUAAAUUAUUGAUGCCACGAAUUGUAAUAUGAGAAGUUAAUGAAAUAUUGUUAAUUAAUAUUAAAUAUGGUAUAACAACUAAUUUAUAUACUUACAUGCAUAGUCACAGUACGUGUAUUAGGUACUAUGUUUUUACUACUACAAUUCCUUCUCUUUCUCUUCCAAACAAAAAAUGCAAACACAUAAGCGAAUAUAAAUAAAUAGUAAUAACGUAAUACAAAAAAUAAAUUAUUGUACAACAAACAGCAUUAAACAAAAGGCAGUAAAUAGUAAUUUUAAAAUAUAACUUUUCACAUUUAUAAAUAUAGCAAGAACAAAAAAUAUACAAAUUAUAAUUGUUAAAUUUUUGUUUAAGUAUCUGUCGCUUUCCAAAUAAUUAGCUAUUACCUUUACUAUCACUCCAUCCUCCCUGAUCUAUACGCGUGCCCUCCAAGUAUUCACUAUCAAGUUUUUUUUAUUAUUAUUUUAACUGCCACUGAACUUAUAGUAUUAUUUUAAUGAAUUAUGUACUAUAACUAUUUUACACUAUUCGCACUGCUCACUAACCUCAAUCAUAACUUCGGCAGCUUCCAGUGUUUGAUUUUUUACAAAUUUUUUAAUAAACAUACAAAUAAUGCAUAAUGUUUGUUAAUUGUUCAGUUGAAACUUAUCGCAACGAUCUAUUAUUAAUCUUUUCGAUUAGUUUGAAUUGAACAUUUAUGCAAUCUAGCCCUAAUUAUGAUUUUAAGAAAAACAA